AUGCUGCCAGAUCCGAGCAACGACGCCAUGCGGCGCAUCGCAGUGACAGCUUCAGAAGAAUCGAGCUCGAAAGCUUCAGACGCUACACUUUCCUGUAUCAUCAUGUCGGAAUGGUCGCAUUCGCUAGGCUACUCUGCCGCAGAUAUUUUUCCGGAUACCGAUAGCGAGGGGGAAGGAGAAGGUGGUCUUUCGACUGCCGCGGAUGGACGGGUUUCCGCUCCUACAGUCGCCGAUGACGAGGAGAAGGUCGACUUCAUCGAGACGCCAUUCACCAUUGCUGCUCGCAAUGCGCUGUUCAGAAAAGCGAGGCAGGGAGCUUUUCCUGUUCAUGAGACAGCACAGCCUAUAUCAAGCCAUGACAAGGGCAAGAGCCGGGCUCUUGAUGCGGUAGAAGUGCAUCAUAGCCAUGCCUCAGAGCUCACACGAGCGAGUGACGUUCAAGCUCCGGCGCAUCGGCUCGGCUGCCGCCAAGAGCCCAUCGAGGUCAUCGUAGUUUCUUCGGACAGCGAGCCUGAAGAGGAACUUCCUCGCGGCUCACGGGCACGGCAUGCUGGAGCAAACGAAGCGGAGCCGGAACACUCAGGUGCAGAGCAUGGCUCAGAAGCAGAGCUGGGCAGCGAGAGUAUACUAGACCAGCUGUUCGAGGAAAACUACGAGUUCUACGACCGGCUCGACCGCGAAGUCCCGAGGGGACCGGCAAAGUCCCCUGCAUGCUCGUCAGCACACAUGGACACGCUUAUGACUGAUGGAAGCACAACAUACGACACUUUGUCUUGGGCCCCGACCGAGCCGGCAUACUACCAUACACCAUCCGGCUACCCAGCUUGCGAUCCUGUGCCGCUCCACUAUCCGUGUCCGCACACCUCAGAGGGAUAUGCGUACCAGUACGCGCCUGUACAAUGGCAACAGCCACCUGUGCAGCCGACGAACCACCAUAAUGGAUACGGCUGCGUGGAGCCUCAGACUGUUGGCUACUACUACGAGCCUCAUCUGCACAAUCACCGGUACGGCCCUUCGCCAAUGGCAGGUCAGACCCCUUGGCAGCCCGAGGUGUGUCGCCCGCAGUCUAUGCAGACGCCUAGCCAGAUGCAGCAUGGCAUGCACUCAUCCCACUCUCCCGACGCACACGCGAGGACUCAUCAACGCAAAACUCCCCGGCAGAUUCAAGAAGACAAGGCCAAAGCGGACAUUGUUCUGAAAGCGCUUCGAGGCUCGAGCCGGCAUCCAGAUCGAGCCUCGUCCAGCCGCCACGAAGAAGGCGAGGAAUGGUCUACAUUGCAAGCGACUCGCACACGGCCGGACGGUACGCUAUCGCUGACAGCGGCGAUGCGCCGGCCAAUCCCGCCCACACGCCUCGCGCCGAGCAGCCGUGGAGGCAGCCGUCUAGCGUUGCCGCUCUACCGCACGGUGGGCAGCUCGGCAGAAGAGCGCCGGCGUGCCGAGAACCUGCUGGACAGGCCACCCUCAAUCGCACAGACAGGACGGAAACGAAAGGAGCCCGGGGCCUCCCCAGUGGCAGUAGCGCCCAGAACCAAGCGGCUCUUCCAGCCCGCGCCGCUGCCGCCCAGCACCUCUUCGCGCGCGUCGAAGGAUCGAGAUCGACGCUGA